CAGCUGCUGGCUGUAGCCUUGUAUUUAUUGUACAGACAUGACAAUGGUAUUAAUCUUUUCAUCUAAAGCUUGGGGAAGACUAGCUGAAACCUACAAAGACUGGACAAACCACACAGAAAGAUCACAGUCAGGAACAUUAACCUUGCACUGAGUAAAUACCAUAAAUACACUAGACACUGAAUGACUGGUCAGUAACGACUGGAGUUCUGGCGCAAAUCCCGCGAGAACACGCCAGUUGUCGCGUGUUCUUGUACCAAAACAAACAUGGACGCAACCAGCAGCUUGUACUGCAGUGCAAUUUGCGAUGAAAAAGCCAAAAAAAAAUGAGACAGGAAAAUCGCAGACUUUGUGUGACAUCCUCCAUUUCAGUUGUCCAGCGCCCUCUCACACCCAUCCAUGCUCACAACACAAACGUUUUUUGUUGGCCAUUCUUCUUCUUUUGUUUAAUUACCGGCAUGUCUCCCUCCAGUACACAGAGGCCGUUGUCAGUCGCAAAUAUAUUGCUGCUUGGACUUUUUAUUAUUGCUGCCACGCACAGUUUCGGCCUGCUAAAUAAACAAAACCCUUGAGUGCCUAGAAUGAGUAAAGUACAGAAAUGGGUGGAGUUCAGCCUGGUGAGAAAAGAGAAAGCGAAAACAAACAUACCUGAACAUCGCCUGUCGAAGUUUUGUCUACAAAAUUGCCCACCAAGCGGGGAUUUUGUUAUUUCAGUCAGCAAAUGAGUUACUGAUCUCUAGCACAGCAAACGCUCAGAUUUCCAAUCUAUUGUUUUACUUUAACCACGCAGGUAACACGCUGAGGCCCCAAUAAGGAACUGAAGUUACCGAGAGGAGAAACAUGUCUGCGGCCAGAAAGGAACUACAGGAGGUCUUGUACUGCUACACCGCAGAUACCCUCAGCCACAUUGACACAGUGAGAGGAUUCUGUGAGAGAAAAUCUAAAUGGAUGCUUGGGAGGGAGACAGAGUUACACAUGAUAAUAGACAUCAAGGACAGGGCUGACAAAAUCAACCUGAAUAUCAGCCAUGUCUCCCAGUCAGAGAAGAAAGGAAAGGCCUUUCUGGAAUAUAUGAAGAGCAAGUCGACCCAGGUGACUGCAGACAGCAGGCGUGCAGAGCUGGAGGACGAGCUGGCUGCUGUGCUGAAGGACACUCUGGGAGGGCUGGAGACGCUCGAGUACUUCCUGGAUGCAGUGGAGAAGCUGGCGGUCACCUCACUUCAUGUGUUCAUGGAGGAGAACCAGGUGUUACGUCUGCCCAAAGGGAUCAGCCUUGAACAUGUUCAGGUUGUCAUCAUCAUUGCACGGCUAAUCUGCCCACUCCUCCUCGAGUUUAGAAGAGAUGCAAGUGUCUUCUUCCUUCCCAAACUUCAGAAUGUGGAAGUGCUGUCAUAUCAGCUGGACCAAUACAUUCAGACCACCCAGAUUAUCUGUGAGAAGUUAGAGAAAAGCUCCUUCAGUGACUUCAGCCUGAAGAUGACUAUUGAAACUGCGGUAAACCUCGGUGUGGAUUUCUCUGAACAUGACAUAGAGAGGAUGCUUCAUCACAUUAAUCAGCUCAAUGAAAUCAGGAAGAACCAGCACUUCCGGACGGUGUUCUUGUUUCAGGAGGAAUCGUGUUCUGGCUUCAUCCGUGAGUUCAGCGAGCGACAGCCCAGGAUGCUGGAGUUUCUAAAAGACCUGGAGGAGAGUGCUGUGCAGCUAGACAGGAUGAAUAAGGGGGCAAAGAUCUCCAGUGUGGCAGGCAGCUCAGUGGGGGCGAUUGGAGGUGUGCUUUCCAUCGUUGGUUUGGCAUUAAUUCCUGUAACAGCAGGGGUGUCUCUAGCGCUGACAAUGACCGGGGUAGGGAUGGGAAUUACCAGCGGAGUCAACAGUGCUGUCACCACAGCCACAGAGAUCGGAGUAAACCGUAAACAUCAAAAGAAAGCCAGUGAAGUCUUCCAGAGCUUCAUGGAGGAUGUGCAGAUUCUCCAGGAUUGUCUGGAGGAGGUGACCAAUCAAAUAGCCAAAAAGGAAACAAGCCGGAUAGGUGUGGCUGUGGGAGUAGGCAAGGUGCUUUGUAAAGCUGCUGCUGUUGGAAAAGGCAUUGAUUCGCUUGCUGAUGCUGCCUCUGCUUUUAAGUUGUUGAAAAAUGAAGAGCUUAUUACAAAUGCUGGCAAGGUGGUGGCCGAGGAAGGAAAAACAUUACGUAAUGUGCCCAGGUUGGCCUCAGAUAUCCCAGAUAUUGGUCAGGCAGCAGUCAAAGGGCCUCUUGCCCUCUCCAAGUCAGCCAGGGCCGGUUUCAUCGCAGUCAAUGCUCUUUUCAUUGGCAUGGAUAUCUUCUUCAUCUGUAAAGACAGCAUCAGUCUGGCCAAAGGCAGUGAGACUGAAGUCUCACAGUUCAUCAGAGCCAGAUCUGCACUGUGGCGCUCAGAGAUGGACUCAUGGCAGAAGAUCCAUGACUCCCUGUGUGAAGGCCUGCUGACAUCAGAGAAGAACCGAGCUAUCCUGGAGACGCCAUUUUAUCUGGAGAAUGAGCUGAAGAAACAAAGAGAAGCAGAAGAAUUUCCAUCUGAUGAAGUGGAUGAAAAAAAAAAAGAAAAACACACAAUAGUGCUCAGUAAACAGACAGUACUGCAUGUGGCAACACUCACAGUGUGCCUUUUUGUAAAUCCAUUUUAUAAAAGAAUCCUGCAUACGGCACAAAAUCACUGAUCAUCCUCAAUCAUUCCAGGGUAUCCUUAAUCUUUAUCCUUUAGUAGCUGCGAUUCUUAGGACGUAAACCAUUUACAUCUGUCCAAUUUUUUAAUGAAUAUAUAGCCAUGUCUUUUGUUCCUUGUCAAAGUUUAUAUACUGUAGUUUUUGCAGCUAUGAAGAUUACUUGAGUACUUAUGCAUAUGACAUUUAGUAACAAAUGCUUUAACUAAUAAUCAUUGUAUGUAAAAAUAAAAUUAUGUUGGUUGUUAACCUUAGAGUUGUAGCUGCUUACUGUAGUUCACUUACCGUAAACUGACAUUUACUGAUUAUCUGAAGAUAUUUUAGAUUAGAUUGCAUUAUCAAUUAUGCUUUUAUCAUCACUGAAGUUGAAUUAUACCAGUGUUGGAUUUGAAUUAUUAUUAUUUUUUGCUUUACAGAAUGUGAUAAAUUGGAUCAGUUAUUAAAAAUCUGUGGUUUACCUGUUUUGCUUAUCUUUGAAAUGUCUUAUUGUUGCAAUGCUUAAUUUUACAAUGUAAUCUAUCUCUAACACCAGUUUCAACAUGUACUUAGCUCUCUUCUGUAUUCCUGACUUCAUGAAAGAGCUAUAUUACAGUAAAUAAAUCCAAAUAAAUGUAAACUCUGUGCACAUACAUUAGCAUUUACAGUAAUAAACAGUAACCUCUCAUGUA